AUGGCUUUCCAUUGCCCAGCGCUGCCCCUCUACGUUUACCCACAGGUUCGGCACUUGCGCGACGCUUCCUCAGUUCCCGCCCCGGUUUUACUGCAUGCGUUUACAAUGCUUUGCGCUGGCGUCGCAGGCCUGUGUGCAGUUCACCACAGAUUUCUUACCAGACUCAAACCCUCGCAGUUUAAACACAUGCGCAGCAUGUCUCUCUCCAAACGCCCGGUUACACUGCUGGGCUCCAUGGCGUUCGGCGGCCGGGCAGACGCGCAGCUGAGUGCUCAGAUGGUGCACAAGUUUUUGGAAAGCGGUCACAAUGAGCUGGACACCGCAUACAUGUACACUGAUGGACAGGCAGAGACAAUCAUAGGAGGCCUGCGGCUGCCUGCGACCGUGAGAAUCGCCACUAAAGCAAACCCCUGGGACGGAAAAACACUGAAACCAGAAAGUGUUCGUAAACAGCUGGAGACGUCCCUUAAGAGACUACAGACACAAUGUGUGGACAUCUUCUACCUGCACGCUCCAGAUCACCUGAACCCUAUUCGUGACACACUACAGGCCUGCAAUGAACUCCAUAAAGAGGGCAAAUUCAAGGAGUUGGGUUUAUCAAACUAUGCAUCAUGGGAAGUGGCAGAAAUCUACUGUAUCUGCAAACACAAUAACUGGGUUCUUCCUACAGUGUAUCAGGGCAUGUAUAAUGCAACGACACGUCAAGUGGAAACUGAACUAUUACCAUGUUUACGGUUCUUUGGCAUCCAUUUCUUUGCGUACAACCCCCUGGCAGGUGGACUCCUCACCGGAAAGUACCACUAUGAAGAUAAAGAUGGAGCUCAGCCUGCAGGUCGAUUCUUUGGCAACAACUGGGCUGGUGCUUACAGAGACAGAUAUUGGAAGGAGAGUCAUUUCCAGGCCAUAGAUGUUGUUUGUAAGGCUUUGGAAGCAGCGUAUGGAACAGAGAAACCGACUCUAACAUCGGCUGCUAUGCGCUGGAUGUAUCAUCACUCUCAGUUGAAGGGAGAUCUGGGUGAUGGGGUCAUAAUCGGGAUGUCCACUAUGGAGCAGUUAUGCGAGAAUCUGACGGCGGCUGCUGAGGGACCUUUAAAAAAUGAAGUUGUGGACGCUUUCAAACACGCCUGGGAUUUAGUGGCCCACGAGUGUCCCAAUUACUUCCGUUAAACAUCAUGACGGUUAGAAUAAAAAAAUGAUAUGAACCCAGAUUUAUAAGAACUAACAUACAGAUCAUUUUAUUUUUGUAUGAAUAACAUAAUUUUGCCUUUUAAUUUGUUCAAUGAAAAGUGAUAAACCGAGUUUGACCAGCCCACCAUAUCAAUAAACUCUAACAGAAAGUC